AUGUCAGGCUCGGCGGUUCGGCAUGGAGCUGCAGGCGCCGUGCGGCGGUCCUGCUCCGGUGGCCGCGCUGAUAGAGAUGCGCGUGGCGCUGGGGGUGACGGGGAUGCAAUUGUGGCGAAUACGAGACGUGCCUUCCGGUUUCCUCCCCCCGUGCCUUCACCCCCUUCCCUCCCCCCCUCCCCCAGUGUUGGCGCUGAUAGAGAUACGCGUGGUACUGGGAGUGGCGGGGAUGCAGUGGUGACAGGACUGGCGGCGCUGAUAGAGAUGCGCGUGGCGCUGGGGGUGACGGGGAUGCAAUGCGUUGGCGCUGAUAAAGAUGCGCGUGGCCUUGGGAGUGACGGGGAUGCAGUGGUGGCGCACCAGCGGGAUUGCGUUGGCGCUGAUAGAGAUGCGGGUGGCGCCGGGGCGUUGGCGCUGAUAGAGAUGCGCGUCGCGCUGGGAGUGACGGGCAUGCAGUGGUGGCGCACCAACGGGAAGGUCGUGUGCGGCGCGUGGAUAGGCGUCGAGUGCGACACCAGGGGGAACGUCGUCUCCGUCACGGCUUACAACGUGAUCACCGUACCGGGCCUCCUCCCCAGCAGCUUCACCAAGCUCAAAACCCUCACCUACCUCGAUCUCUCCUCCAACCGACUCAACGCGUCACUCGACCAAUUCGCCCGCCCCUUGCUGCACCUCCCCAACCUCCGCGUUCUUCUCCCCUCCCUCCCUUCCCUAGCCUUUUCCCUCUUCCCCCAUUUCGCUCCCCGCCUCAACCCAUUGACCAAUUCGCGCGGCCUCUGCUGCACCUCCCAAACCUCCGCGUUCUGUGAGUCUCCCCUCUCCUGUCCUCUUCCCUCCUCCCUUUUAGUCUUCCCUCCUCCCUUUUAG